AUGACAAGUUUUUACUUUUUUUUAUCAAUUGGCACUGAUUGAUUGCGACCCAUAAAUACCUUCCAUUGUUUGUGGAUGGAAUCUUAAGCUGUUUCUGCCGAUGAAAUACAUCACAUCAACCCUUAAUCGAUGAUCAGUCAAACAAAAUACAAACAAAAUUGAAAAAUUAAAAUGUUUGGCUUAAAUCGAUUCUGGCUUUUGUUUUGGAAAAAUUAUAAACUUCGUAUCCGUCAUCCAUGGAUUCUAUUGUUCGAAUUAGCUGUACCUUGUUUGUUUACAAUCAUUUUGGUUGUUGUUCGUACGAUAACAUCAUUUGAUCGUGUUACCAAUGCUACUGUUUUCCAGCAACGAGAAAUUGAAGGCUUAUCUAGUAUCUAUGAAUUCAACAGUAAAAUGAUUCUGUUUGGUCCAAAAACAAACAGAACAAUUGAAUUAAUGGAUAUAUUUACAAAACUCACAAAAGGCAUAAAAGUUCUGAAUUUUGAAACAGAAGAGGAAAUGGUCGAUUAUUAUGUUCAGAAAGAUUCGGAUUCGAUACGAUGUGGUAUUUGGUUCAAUUCUUUGACGGAUGAUUCGUUGGAUUUUAAGCUCCGUUUUUCGUUUGCACCGAGAAAAUUAAGCAGUACCUUUGAAUUCUCACAAGUGAAUGAAUUUACGUGGCAAACGUUAAAAAAUUUUCCAAUGUUUCAAAAACCAGGCCCUAGGUCUGAAAAUUCUGAUGAUGGAGGUCCACCUGAUUAUUAUAAAAGUGGAUUUUUAUUUAUUCAACAUUUUAUCAGUCGUGCAUAUGCUUAUCAACAGAAUCCGAAUGCAACUUUAGAAUUUUUCGAUAAUGUUCAUUCUUACAAUAUUCUACGAUUUCCAUAUCCACCAUACAAUAAUGAUCAAUUUAUGUUUUCACUUCAAUUCAUGUUUCCAAUUAUCAUGAUGAUCAGUUUCAUUUAUCCAAAUGUUAAUCUUGUGAAAAAUAUUGUUUUGGAAAAAGAACUUCGAUUAAAAGAAGCAAUGAAAAUGAUGAGCCUAAAAGAUUGGAUGUAUUGGUCAUCAUGGUUUUUUGAUUCAAUUCUUUGGAAUAGUAUCAGUAUAAUAUUCAUUACAAUUUUGUUUUGUAUAUCAUUUCAACCGGAUCAUGGUAUCAUCAGUAAUAGUAAUCCAAUCCUUAUAUUUAUUUUUUUCAUGGCCUAUAUGAUAUCAUCGAUUUUAUUUUGUUUUUUACUGAGUACAUUUUUCACAAAUGCCAACAUAGCCGGAAUAGGUGCCGGUACAAUUUAUUUUCUAUCGUUCAUACCAUAUCUAAGCGUCAGUCUAAAUUAUCAGCAACUAUCUCGAGUGGCCAAAAUAUUAAUUAGCUUGCUCUUCAAUACAAAUAUGGCCUUGGGUUGUAUGUUUAUAUCGAUUUGGGAAAGUGAACAUGCUGGCUUACAAUGGUCCAAUCUAGCCGAACCAGCAACAUUGGAUGAUAGUGUGACAUUCCAGGACAUCUUGAUGAUGUUUGCCAUAGAUUCGAUAAUCUAUCUGAUUUUAGCAUUAUAUAUCAGUAAUGUUUUUCCCGGUAGAUAUGGUAUACCAAGAAAAUGGUAUUAUUUCUUACAGCCUUCAUAUUGGUUUGAAUCAAAAUCAAAAAAUCGAUCACCUUCAAAUGAUACUGAAAUGCAGGAUAAACAUUUUAGCCAAAAUAAACGUGGCAUUGAAUUGUGUGGUCUAACAAAAUCCUAUAAUCAUGGCAAAAUUAAAGCAUUACAGAAUUUUAAUCUGAUGAUGAAAUCAAAUGAAAUCACCGUAUUGCUUGGCCAUAAUGGUGCUGGAAAAACGACGCUCAUGUCGAUCCUUUGUGGUUUAAUACCACCAAGUUCUGGAUCAAUCUAUAUCGAUGGCAGUGAUACAGAAAAUGAUUUUGAUGAAAUACGAAAAAGUCUUGGAGUUUGUCCACAAUUUGAUGUGCUAUUCAAUCAUUUAACGGUUGAAGAACAUCUGUGGUUUUAUUGUAAACUAAAAAAUGUUAAUGAUUCAAAAAUCAACGAUCAUAUUGAUAAAAUAAUCAAAAUGUUGGAUUUUGUUGACAAACGUCAUAAUCAAGCACAAACGUUAUCGGGUGGAAUGAAACGAAAACUUUCCGUAGGCAUAGCAUUGAUAGGUGAUUCGAAAAUUGUUUUAUUGGAUGAAGCAACAUCCGGUAUGGAUGUUUCAGCUCGUCGAUUCAUUUGGGAUCUAUUGAUCAAAGAGAAAAAAGAUCGUGUUAUAUUGUUAUCGACACAUUUCAUGGAAGAAGCUGAUGUACUUGGUGAUAAGAUUGCCAUCAUGGAACAAGGUCAAUUAAAAUGUUUUGGAUCAUCCAUUGAAUUGAAAAAGAAUUAUGGCCUCGGUUAUUUAUUAAAUUUCGUUGUUAAAGAAGAACAAAUCGAUGUGAAACGUUUGACCGAUUUAAUUCGAUCACAUGUUCAUCAUGCCAAAAUAUUAACUUCUGUAGGACGUGAAGUGACAUUUAGUUUGCCUGAAAAUGAAGCAUAUAAAUUUGAAUCAUUAUUUGCAAAUAUUGAACAAAAUAUGACACAACUUGGUAUUGUAAAUUUUGGAAUUUCAAUGACAACACUUGAAGAAGUAUUCUUACGUGUGGGUGAUUUUGCUCAACAAGGCACUGAACAAAUAAAUAGUUUUUAUGAAAAAAAUACACAACAUUUUGAUGAUAAAUUUGGCAAUGAAUCAUCAGUGAUUGAAAAAAUUAAACAUAAUUCAUUGAAAUUGAAUCAAGGUUUCCAUCAUCAAAUACAAGUUUAUUAUAGUUUAUUUGUCAAAAAGAUUUUGUUCACUUAUCGUAAUCUAUUCACAUUGUUUGCACAAUUCAUUUUACCCGCCUUGUUAUUGGGCCUUAGUAUCGUUGUCAAUCGAAAUCAGUCUGAACGAACCAUAAAUUCACCACAAUUAUUGCUAAAUAUUGAUUCAUUUCAUAAAAUUGAAGCCACAGUAUUUCAUGAUGAAAAUCAACAAAUAAAUUCACUAUCCAAUUUGUAUCAAAAUAUCAUACGAAAUGCCCAUACGGCCACCAUUAUCGAUGAAAAAGUAAACAAAACCGAUCAACUCAGUGAUUAUGCUAUUGAAUAUCUGGCCAACUAUGGUGCCAAACAUGAAGAUCGUUUCAACAUGUAUUAUAUAAUUUCGGCUAUAUUUGGAAUGGAUAAAAAUGGAAUGAAAAUUAUAGCCAUGUUUAAUAAUCAAGCAUAUCAUUCUAGUGCCAUUUCUAUUUCUUAUAUUGAUGAAACAAUAAUCAAAUAUUUAAUUGGUGAAAAAUUUCAACUAAGAAUCUGGAAUCAUCCAUUUCCACGUAAACAGUUUGAUAAUUUACAGGCCGUUGGAUUCGAUAUGUCUCAACAGAUACAAGUAUCGAAUAAUAUUCAAUUUUCCGUUGCUUUUCUGGUGGCCAGUUUUAUUAUAUUCCUGGUGAAAGAACAAUCAACGAAUUUUAAACACAUUCAACAGAUUAGUGGAUUGAACAUGUUUCAAUAUUGGACUAGUAAUUUCAUUAUUGAUUACAUUAUUUAUCUGAUUUCAUCAUCAAUGUUAUGUGCCAUAAUUUAUUGGCUAGAUGUGACCAGCUAUAGAGAAUGGAGACAACAAGGUCGCCUGUUUCUUAUAUUUGCUACACAUGGUUUUGCAGCAUUGCCAGUGGUUUAUAUUUGUUCGUUGUUUUUCCGAAAUUCAGCAACCGCUUAUGUUCGUCUUGCAUUAUAUAUACUAAUAAUGGGAACAUCAACACUUUUGGUCGUAUUGAUUCUUACAUUACCUUCAUUGGAUCUUAGAAAAUUAAGCGAAAUACUUGAUUAUAUUUUUUCGGCCAUUUUACCUAUUCAUAUUAUGGGCAUAGGAUCAUAUGAUUUAUCAUCGAAUGCAAUGGCAUUAAAUACUUGUCUGUCUAAUGUUACAAUAUAUCAACAAACAGUGAAUAUUCAAGAACUUUGUCACGAUGAAACUUUGAAUAUAGGAUUAAUUAGAAUUUGUUGUAAAGAAAUAUGUGGCGAUUCAUGCUGGAAUUUCGAAGAGAAUUUUUUCUCAUUUAUUAAACCAGGAAUCGGUUCCUAUUUGGUUGCUAUGGCUAUUCAAGGAACCGUUUAUUGGUGUAUAUUGGCCAUAUUAGAAGGAAAAUGGCUGCAUCAAAUCUGGUUGAAAUUAUCACCAUCAAUCAAUGAUAAUAAGAAAAAUCAAUUAAACGAAAUAAUAUCCGAAGAAAGCGAUGUUGAAGCCGAAAAUAAUCGACUAAAACGAUGUAAUCUUUUCUCAUUAAAUCGAUCCGAUUCAAUGAUUGUACAAAAUGUUUGUAAAAAUUAUGGCAAAUUCAAAGCUGUACGUAAUAUAAGUUUUGGCGUUAAACGUGGCGAAUGUUUUGGUGUGUUGGGUGAAAAUGGUGCUGGAAAAACAACAAUGUUCAAAAUGAUAACUGGAAGCGUCGACAUGACCAGUGGCGAUAUUCUUGUUAAUGGAAACAGUGUUAAAAAAGAUAUUCGACUCAUUUACCGUGACAUUGGUUAUUGUCCACAAUUUGAUGGUCUUAUCGAUCAUCUAACCGGUCGGGAAACAUUGAAAAUUAUUUCAAGAAUUCGUGGAAUUAACGAAAAUAUUAUCGAUGAACAAAUUGAUGCAUUGAGUAAACUGUUAUUCUUUCAAAAACAUAUCGAUCAACAAGUUAGUGGAUACAGUGGUGGAACUAAACGAAAACUUAGUUUUGCAAUUUCGAUUGUUGGCAAUCCAUUGAUUGCAUUUCUUGAUGAACCAACUACCGGUGUUGAUCCAGUAUCACGACGUUGUCUAUGGAAUGCAAUACAUUUGGUUCGUGAAGCCGGUUCUUCAUUGGUAUUGACAUCACAUUCAAUGGAAGAAUGUGAAGCACUAUGUAAUCGUUUAAUAAUUAUGGUACAUGGUCGUAUUACCUGUCUGGGAAGUCCAAUGCAUUUGAAACAAAAAUAUGGUGCCGGUUAUAUUGUUCAUAUAAAAUUGAAAAAUCCAGUCAUAGAAAAAUCCAUAAGGAAAUUGGAUCGAUUUAUGCGUACGAAAUUUCUUGAAUGUUUCAUCGACAGUGUUCAUAAUAAUAUGAUUGUAUACAAAAUUCAAACGAAUCAAAUCAAAUUAAGUCAAUUAUUUGGCAGUAUUGAACGAUCAAAAGAUUUAUUAAUGAUUGAAGAUUAUUCCAUUUGUCAGACAUCAUUGGAACGUAUAUUUCUAUCAUUUGUACGUAAACCAAAGAAAUGAAACAAAAAUCCGAAAUUUUGACAUCAUCAUCAUCAUCAUCAAAAUCAUCUCGAUAGAUGGCACACAUAC